AUGUCUUUUAGAAUUCUUAAUUAUGGGAGUCACAUCUAUCAAAUUAUAAUUCAAGAUGGACACUAUGAGACCAUAGUCCUUGCAGACCAAUGCCCGCUCCCAUCCGUGAGAAAAAUGUUGAAUAGAAAACACGCCGUUAGAGCGUGCCGACAUCUACAGAACCGCGCGCAAAAGAGCCGAAUAGCAGUUAAUCAAAAAUUUGUUUUAUUAAAGAAUUCCAUGCGAGCUUUUAAAUUGUUGGCGGACAUUAGCUUUUGGAGCGAAGGGGACUUUGAUUACUUGUACAUUUAA